AUGAGGAACCACCACCUCCCGGGUCUGAGUGCACCCCCUCCGCCCCCCCCCUUGCCCCCCUCCUCUGUGACCAGCCCGUCCAUCAACCCCACCGUCCCACCAGGACAGCCUCCUCCCCCUCCUCCCCCACCGCUGCCCCCUUCUCUGACCCCUGCAGGGACUCCGCUCAGCCCAGGCCCCCCUCCUCCCCCAGGGGCGCCUCCUCCACCCCCUGCCCCCCCCCUCCCCGCUGGCCUCUUCAGUCCCGCCGAGGACCGGCCUCUGUCAGGACUCGCUGCUGCACUCGCUGGGGCCAAGCUGCGCAAAGUGUCCCGGAGCGAUGAUCCAGCCUCGGCUCUGGGGGCCUCUCUGACGGGGGCAAAGACUGAGACCAGAGGCAACGGGCACUUACCUGGAGGAGGCCUCAUGGAGGAGAUGAGCGCUUUGUUAGCUAGACGGGAGGGCGGGGCCUCUGGGUGGAGCCUCUGGGUGGAGUCCCUGGGUGGAGUCUCUGGGUGGAGUCUCUGGGUGGAGUCCCUGGGUGGAGUCCCUGGGUGGAGUCUCUGGGUGGAGUCUCUGGGUGGAGUCUCUGGGUGGAGUCUCUGGGUGGAGCCUCUGGGUGGAGCCUCUGGGUGGAGCCUCUGGGUGGAGCCUCUGGGCGGGGCCUCUGGGUGGAGCCUCUGGGUGGAGUCCCUGGGUGGAGUCUCUGGGUGGAGUCUCUGGGUGGAGUCUCUGGGUGGAGUCUCUGGGUGGAGCCUCUGGGUGGAGCCUCUGGGUGGAGCCUCUGGGUGGAGCCUCUGGGCGGGGCCUCUGGGUGGAGCCUCUGGGUGGAGUCCCUGGGUGGAGUCUCUGGGUGGAGUUUCUGGGUGGAGCCUCUGGGUGGAGCCUCUGGGUGGACUCUCUGGCCUCUGGGUGGAGCCUCUGGGUGGAGUCUCUGGGUGGAGUCUCUGGGUGGAGUCUCUGAGUGGAGUUUCUGGGUGGAGCUCUGGGUGGAGCCUCUGGGUGGAGUCUCUGGGUGGAGCCUCUGGGUGGAGCCUCUGGGUGGAGCCUCUGGGUGGAGCCUCUGGGUGGAGCCUCUGGGUGGAGCUCUGGGUGGAGUCUCUGGGUGGAGUCUCUGAGUGGAGUCUCUGGGUGGAGUCUCUGGGUGGAGCCUCUGAGUGGAGUCUCUGGGUGGAGCCUCUGGGUGGAGCCUCUGGGUGGAGUCUCUGGGUGGAGUCUCUGGGUGGAGUCUCUGAGUGGAGUCUCUGGGUGGAGCUCUGGGUGGAGCCUCUGGGUGGAGUCUCUGGGUGGAGCCUCUGGGUGGAGCCUCUGGGUGGAGUCUCUGAGUGGAGUCUCUGGGUGGAGCCUCUGGGUGGAGCUCUGGUGGAGUCUCUGGGUGGAGCCUCUGGGUGGAGCUCUGGGUGGAGCCUCUGGGUGGAGUCUCUGGGUGGAGCCUCUGGGUGGAGCCUCUGGGUGGAGCCUCUGAGUGGAGUCUCUGGGUGGAGUCUCUGGGUGGAGUCUCUGAGUGGCGUCUCUGAGUGGAGUCUCUGGGUGGAGCUCUGGGUGGAGCCUCUGGGUGGAGUCUCUGGGUGGAGCCUCUGGGUGGAGUCUCUGAGUGGAGUCUCUGAGUGGAGUCUCUGGGUGGAGCUCUGGGUGGAGCCUCUGGGUGGAGCUCUGGGUGGAGCCUCUGGGUGGAGCCUCUGGGUGGAGUCUCUGGGUGGAGCCUCUGGGAGGAGGAUUGCAGAAAAGGGCUCGUCGCCUGAACCUGACCAGAGAUCAGACGAGGGCGACUCCACACCUAAAGUGUCCGCCUGUAGCACUCCAGAUAUGCCCAGGAAGCCAUGGGAAAGAGCAAACACCAUGAACGGUAGCAAAUCUCCAGUAAUCGGAAGACCCAAGUCCACUCCCACUGCUUCCUUAAGUGCCAACGGCGUCCCAACAGAGACUAUAGACUACGACCGACUGAAACAGGAUAUCCUGGAUGAGAUGAGAAAGGAGCUGUCCAAACUUAAAGAAGAGCUAAUUGAUGCUAUCAGGGAGGAACUGGGCAGAUCCAGCACAGCAUGA